AUGUUGCACUAUCGACUUUGCGCGGCUUUCCUCUUCUUGAGCCUGGCGUCAGUUGCAGAAGGGCUCAACACGACGGAAGCCAUCAGAAUCUUCGCCAGCCCGUUGACGGUGGGGGAUGAAAUUGAGGUGCGAACCAUCACCCUGCGAGGCUGGGAGAGUUGGACCUGCUUGCUCGAAAAUACGGCUAGAGAUAUUGUAUUUCUCAACGCCACCCACCUCGAAAAGGCUGACUUCUAUGGAUCCAUGAGAUAUUCGUCGCGUAGCCGUGAUCAGCUUUCCGUGGAAGUCAAAGACUGGAUAUUCCACAAGCAACCCCAAGUUCUGCAUUUCCGAAUCAGAGUAUUUACGGCCAAAAGUUUGUUAAUCACAUACGGCUAUAUUGGUGCCGCGGUGAGCAAAUCGAUCGCACGCUAUUACGAAGUCCCCGCAGGAAUGACUGAUGUUCUACUGGAAGCCGUGCAACAGAUUCGCUGCCAUGGACACAUCUAUGAUACCACGUUUCGCCAAACUACAAUUUUUGGCCAACGC